AUGGGUUCAACAUCGUUGAUAUUAUUAUUAUUGUUAUGCAUUGUAUUUAUUACAAAUAAUGAAGGUGAAUUAAUUGAAAAACUUCAAGAUAAAAUGAAAAAAGUCUCAACAGAUAAUUUCGGUGUUAAUGUUAAACGAUUUGAUCAUGAAGAAAUGAUGUUAUUUCCCAAUAUUGGAGUUCAACGUAAAGAAGGUGAUUGGCGUUUAGAUUUACAUGGUUGGCGUUUUCAAUCAUCAGCAAAGAAUAAAAUGUUAGGUAAAUUAUCAUCAGCAAUGGCUGAACGUAUUGCUCGUUUAGUUGCAAGUUCCGAUCAAAUGGUUUAUUAUAAUGAUACAUUUCAACGUGAUCGUUUGAAACCAUUUAUGGUACAAGAUGCAACAAAUAAAAGAAUUUUUAUUAUGAUUGGAACAAAACAUAAUUAUACAACGAAAACAGAUGGUGAAGGACUAUUUCGAACAUCAUUUAUUGUUCCUAAUGCUGAUGUACAAGAAUUAAAAAACGAUCAAGUUAUAACAUAUAAAGCAGUUGGAGAUAAUGCUGAUAUAUGGGAAGGAAAAAUUCAUUUAUUAGAAAGACAAGGAUUAUCUAUUAUAUCGAGUAUUGAUGAUACAAUUAAAAUUAGUGAAGUUGUAGAUAAAAUUCGUUUGGUAGCAAAUACAUUUAUUCAUGAAUUUCGUGUUGUGGAAGGAAUGCCGGAAGUAUAUCGUGGAUGGAAAAGUAAAUAUAAUUGUUCAUUUCAUUAUUUGAGUGCUAUGCCUGAUCAAUUAUAUACAAUUACAAAAGAUUUUCUUGAUGAUCAUAAAUUUCCCGAUGGUACAUUUCAUAUGCGUCAUUUUCGUUCGGCUUCAACAUCAAUUUAUGAUUUUGUUCAUUCUGUAGAAACAAAAAUGCAUAAAAUCAAUCUUUUACGUUAUUUUGUUUUUAAUACAUUACAUUCAUUGGUAUUAGUUGGUGAUUCAGGUGAACAUGAUCCGGAAAUUUAUGGAAAUAUUGCACGAGCAUAUCCAAAACGAGUAAAACGUAUAUUCAUACGAGCUGUUAAAGGUGAAAAAUUUGAUGAUGCACGAUUUGUUAAAGCAUUUAAAGAUGUUCCAAGAGAAAAAUGGUUGAUUUUUAAUGAGCCUGCCAAACAUUUACCAAAAGAUUUAGAUACUACAGCACUACCAACACCAUCAAAAAAACCAUAA